AUGCAGCCACUCCUGCUCCCACUCCUGCUGGCCUUCUUCCUGACCCCUGGGGCAGAUGCAGGGGAGAUCAUCGCAGGAAAUGAGGCCAAACCCCACUCCCGCCCCUACAUGGCCUAUCUUCAGUACUUGCAUCAAGGGAUACCGAAGUUCUGCGGAGGUUUCCUGAUACGAGAAGACUUCGUGCUGACAGCUGCUCACUGUCUGGGAAGCUCCACGAAAGCCACCCUGGGAGCCCACAACAUCCGCAGGAGGGAGGAGACCCAGCAGGUCAUCCCUGUGAGAAGAGCCAUUCCCCACCCAGACUAUAAUGUUAAGCUCUUGACUAAUGACAUCAUGCUGCUGCAGGGAGACUCUGGGGGCCCUCUGGUGUGUGACAAUGUGGCCCAGGGCAUUGUCUCCUAUGGACCGGAGGAUGGGAGUCCUCCAGAAGUCUACACCAAGGUCAAGAGUUUCCUACCCUGGAUACAGGAAACCAUGAGAAGCCUCCAACUGCAGGAAGCAGACUAA